GAUAUUCACAAUUUCUGUUACUUCGGCCACUGUGAUGAAAAGUUGUUUUUCUACUUACUUUGUGGACAAACACUCUUGCACACUCGAAUUAAUAUAUGCGCAUAAAUAGCACGCUGAAAAGUUUUGUUCAAACAUUAUUUAGCAACGCAGAGAUCUUGAAGUACAAACAAAAAGAUUAUUACUUCAUAUGUAAAUAAUACAACAUUCAAGGAAUACAGAGAAGAAUAAAACUUGAAAAUGCCUGAAUUGAAAGCUAUCAUCAAAAGUGUUGAUAUGCCUGAUGAAAUGCAACAGGACGCUGUAGAUAUGUGUGCUAUUGCGCUUAAAAAAUACACACUUGGAAAAGAUAUUGCAGCUUUUAUGAAAAAAGAAUUCGAUAGAAAGUAUUCACCAACUUGGCAUUGUGUUGUCGGAACUAAUUUCGGCACGUACAUAUCACAUGAAGAGAAACAUUUCAUCUAUUUCUUCCUAGACAAUCAUGCUGUGGUGCUUUUCAGAACUGGAGGAGUUAACUAAAUGAAAAAGAAAACUCACGAAGUGCUUAUCUCAAUUUUUAUUCCAUUAACUUCAUAAGCACAAUGGUGCCUACUUUAAAAGUAUUCCAACUCUGUGCUUUAACUCUAGCUGAAUAUAUAUAUAUAUAUG